UUGCGUAUACAUAAUGUAUAUUACAUCCUUGGUGUUGAAUAUUCAUCCAGGUUAUUUCAGAUUUAAAAUGUCAAAUCGUAGUUGUAGAGUGUAUAUAGGAAACCUGCCUAAGGAUUGUCGGGAACGUGACCUGGAGAAAGAAUUUAAACAUUUCGGUCGGGUUCGUGAUGUUCUUGUCAAGACAGGAUACGGGUUCGUAGAAUUCGACGAACACAGGGAUGCUGAUGACGCUGUUUAUGAUAUGCAUGGCAGAGAAUUCCUUGGAGAAAGAAUUACCGUUGAGUUGGCCCGAGGAACCAGGAGGGAAAGAAGCAAGGACAGGAAGAGGGGCAGCCGAGCACCCUGGAUGGAUAAGUAUGGUCCCCCUCAGCGUACCAAGUACAGAGUUGUUGUCGAGAACUUGAGUACCCGGGUAUCCUGGCAGGAUCUGAAGGAUCUGAUGAGAAGGGCAGGGGAGGUGUGCUAUGCUGAUGCUCAUAAGGAUCGGAGAAACGAGGGGGUGAUAGAGUUUGCAACCAGGCGCGAUAUGGAGAGAGCAUUGGACAAGUACGAUGGUUAUGAGAUGAACGGUCGCAAAAUCAAGCUUAUCGACGAGUCAGGAGGUGGUGGAUCCCGAUCAAGAUCUAGAUCCCGUAGAUCUCGGUCCCGCAGAUCCCGAUCAAGACGAUCUCGCUCCAGGUCAGGAUCCAAGUCAAGGUCUCGCUCCCGUUCUCGGUCUAAGCGGAGCCGAUCCAAGAACAAGUCUAGAUCUAAGUCCAACUCCAGAUCUAAGUCCAAGUCUAGAUCCGCCAUGAAAGAAGAAUCUAGAUCAAGGUCUAAGAGUCCAAUGGAGAACGGCAGUGACAAAGAUUAAGAAUUUACAGUUCCCAACUCUGGAAUCUGGAUACAAAUAUCAAAACCUCUUUUUAAUCGUUACAACCACGGCUCAUCACAACUGUAUUUACCUAUAUUUUUUUUCUCAUUAGAAUAAAAAACACUAAAAAUUGGCA